AUGGGGCGAUACUCUGGACGAAGCUUCCGUUUAAUCCUCAUGUGUGUCAUUAGCUUCCUCCUUUUCGUGAUGGAGCUGGUGAUCUCCUACGUAGGCAACUCCCUCUCCUUGGCCUCCGAUGCUUUUGCCGUCCUUUCCCACUUGGUGUCCAUGAUCAUAGGUUUGCUUGGAGUGAGAGUCAGCAACAUCCGAGAGCACAAGAAGAGCACAUAUGGCUUUCUCCGGGCAGAUGUUGUGGGAGCCUUUGGCAACUCCGUGUUUGCUGUGGCCCUGAUGUUCAGCAUCCUCAUUGAAGCCAUCAAAAGGUACAUGAAUCCCCAGCAGACAGAAAACCCACUUCUAGUCCUCAGUGCUGGAAUUAUCGGUCUGUUCUUCAACGUUGUUAACUAUGUCAUCUUCUUGGAUUGCUGUUACUGUGCAACGCCCAGGACCCAGGGAGACACCGAAACAGAUGAUGCAGAUGGAGGCAGUGUUGAUACUCAAGGCCAAGUUGAUUCGUCUCUGAAGCUCAUGAUGUCAUUUCACUCUUCCUGGCUGGAAAAACUUGGGUCUUCCCGGCCCCCAUGCUCACUACGGUCUAGCGCCCGCCACCUCUCUGCCCCGGGCAGCGUCGCCUCACCUCUGCGCCUUAACAUCGGGCUCUUGCGGGUCUCUGCCCGGAGCGCCCUUCGCAGCCCUGCUCGUGGCUGGCUUCUGCUGUCGCUCAGGAACAUGAGAUCCACAGGUCCUUCUCUGUCGUGUUCUGUGCUGCAUCCUUCCCCUGGACCUGUGUCUGGAUUAUGGCAAAUGUGCAGUGAAGAUGUGCUGCCUGACCAGAUGGCUCUUAUUCCCCAGCUUCAGUGGCUUGCUGUCCCCUUAAGAACUCAUACACAACACAAGGUUUCUUCUUUGAAUGCAGGUGAUUCCCUGAAUACUCACAAUGAGCCUGAAGAGACUAUGAGAAAGGAGAAAAAGUCCGAAGCCCUGAAUAUCAGAG